AUGGCUGAAGAGUCCGAACCUGCGGGAGCGCCGGUGGAAGACGACCAGUCACCGGCAGAUCUGAAAAUUAUUCUUUGUGGAGACUCUGCCGUUGGCAAGUCCAAGAUGGUGGAGCGGUUUCUUCUAGAUGAUUAUAACCCGCGAACUCUGUCGACCUUUGCGUUGACACUCUUCCGAUACCACCAUACCGGCGAGGAUGGCAGAAGAUGGACAAUAGACUUUUGGGACACCGCCGGACAGGAGCAGUUUGACAAGUUACAUGCAUCGUACUAUUUCCAGGCGAACGCCUGCAUUCUGGCCUUUGACGUCACACGAAAGAUCACUUACAAGAACUUGGAGACGUGGUACAAAGAAAUUCGCAAUUACUGUCCAGACAUCCCAGUGGUUUGCGUAGCCAACAAGAUUGACGUGGAACCAAGCAUGGCGAAGAAGCGGUUCAACUUCCCCGUAACCCACCAGUUGCCGUUCUACUUUGUUUCGUCAGCUGAUGGGACGAAUGUGGUGCGAGUUUUCAGGGAAGCAAUCUCCCUGGCCGUCAAGAACAAGGAGAAUCCUCCUGAUGAGGUCAUGGCCGAGAUCUACGCUCUUCUCGCGGAGGACGACCGCCCUGCCAGGGGAGACGAGUCGGAGGCUGCCGCCUAUGAUGAUGCCGGCGAUCCAUCUCCGGUCAGUGAGGGGGGAGGGGCAUCUGCAUAA